CGUAAACUGAAUCCUUACAGUUAGGGUCUAUAAAGUGGCAUAAUGUAAUAUUCUGAGGAAGGAAGAAUUCGUCACUCCUGGUAGUUUGAGUCGACACAUCUCAUGUUUUGUCCUUUAUUUAGCAGGUUUCUUCUGCGGAGGUACGCAUUGGGCCCAUGAGACUGACGCAGGAUCCUAUUCAGGUUUUGCUGAUCUUUGCAAAGGAAGAUAGCCAGAGUGAUGGAUUCUGGUGGGCCUGUGACCGAGCUGGUUAUAGAUGCAAUAUUGCCCGGACUCCAGAGUCAGCCCUGGAAUGCUUUCUAGAUAAACAUCAUGAAAUUAUCGUAAUAGAUCACAGACAGACUCGAAACUUUGAUGCAGAAGCAGUGUGCAGGUCGAUCCGAGCCACAAAUCCCUCCGAGCACACGGUGAUCCUGGCGGUGGUUUCCCAAGCAUCAGGCGACCACGAAGAGGCCUCGGUCCUCCCGCUCCUGCAUGCAGGAUUCAAUAGGAGAUUUAUGGAGAAUAGCAGCAUAAUUGCUUGCUAUAAUGAACUGAUUCAAAUAGAACACGGGGAAGUUCGCUCACAGUUCAAAUUACGGGCCUGUAAUUCAGUGUUUACAGCAUUAGACCACUGUCAUGAAGCCAUAGAAAUUACAAGUGAUGACCAUGUGAUUCAGUACGUCAACCCAGCCUUUGAAAGGAUGAUGGGCUACCACAAAGGCGAGCUCCUGGGGAAAGAGCUCGCUGAGCUGCCCAAAAGUGAUAAGAACCGGGCAGACCUUCUUGACACCAUCAACACGUGCAUCAAGAAGGGCAAGGAGUGGCAGGGGGUUUACUAUGCCAGACGGAAAUCCGGGGACAGCAUCCAGCAGCACGUGAAGAUUACCCCAGUGAUUGGCCAAGGAGGGAAAAUUAGGCAUUUUGUCUCCCUCAAGAAGCUGUGUUGUACCACUGACAAUAAUAAGCAGAUUCACAAGAUUCAUCGUGAUUCAGGAGACAAUUCUCAGACAGAGUCUCAUUCAUUUAGAUACAAGAACAGGAGGAAAGAGUCCAUUGAUGUGAAAUCGAUAUCAUCUCGAGGCAGUGAUGCACCAAGCCUCCAGAAUCGUCGCUAUCCAUCCAUGGCAAGGAUCCAUUCCAUGACCAUCGAAGCUCCCAUCACAAAGGUUAUAAAUAUAAUCAAUGCAGCCCAAGAAAACAGCCCCGUGACAGUAGCAGAAGCCUUGGAUAGAGUUUUGGAGAUUUUACGGACCACGGAACUGUAUUCCCCUCAGCUUGGUACCAAAGAUGAAGAUCCUCACACCAGUGAUCUCGUUGGAGGCCUGAUGACCGAUGGCUUGAGAAGGUUGUCAGGAAACGAGUAUGUGUUCACUAAGAAUGUGCACCAGAGUCACAGUCACCUUGCGAUGCCAAUAACCAUCAACGAUGUCCCCCCUUGUAUCGCUCAAUUACUUGAUAAUGAGGAAAGUUGGGAGUUCAACAUCUUUGAAUUGGAAGCUGUUACACAUAAAAGGCCAUUGGUUUACCUGGGCUUAAAGGUAUUUUCCCGGUUUGGAGUCUGUGAAUUUUUACACUGUUCUGAAACUACUCUUCGGGCCUGGCUCCAAGUGAUUGAGGCCAACUACCACUCUUCCAAUGCUUAUCAUAACUCCACCCAUGCCGCCGAUGUCCUGCACGCCACUGCCUUCUUCCUCGGAAAGGAAAGAGUAAAGGGAAGCCUCGAUCAGCUGGAUGAGGUGGCAGCGCUGAUUGCCGCCACAGUCCACGAUGUGGAUCACCCGGGAAGGACCAACUCGUUCCUGUGCAACGCAGGCAGUGAACUCGCUGUGCUCUAUAAUGACACCGCUGUCCUGGAGAGUCACCACACCGCCCUGGCCUUCCAGCUCACGGUCAAGGACAGCAAAUGCAACAUUUUCAAGAACAUUGACAGGAACCAUUAUCGAACACUACGCCAGGCUAUUAUUGACAUGGUUUUAGCAACAGAGAUGACAAAACACUUUGAACAUGUGAACAAAUUUGUGAACAGCAUCAAUAAGCCCCUGGCGGCUGAGAUUGAGGGCAGCGACUGUGAAUGCAACCCUACUGGGAAGAACUUUCCUGAAAACCAAAUUCUGAUCAAGCGGAUGAUGAUCAAGUGUGCUGAUGUCGCCAACCCAUGCCGCCCCCUGGACCUGUGCAUUGAAUGGGCUGGGAGGAUCUCUGAGGAGUAUUUUGCACAGACUGACGAAGAGAAGAGACAGGGGCUCCCUGUGGUGAUGCCAGUGUUUGACCGGAAUACAUGUAGCAUCCCCAAAUCCCAAAUCUCUUUCAUUGACUACUUCAUAACAGACAUGUUUGAUGCUUGGGAUGCCUUUGCCCAUCUGCCAGCCCUGAUGCAACAUUUGGCUGAUAACUACAAACACUGGAAGACAUUAGAUGACCUAAAGUGCAAAAGUCUGAGGCUUCCAUCUGACAGCUAAACCCGAGAGACAAGGGGACCUCUUGAUCUGCAACGGGCACUGUGAAUCACAGUAGUGUAAAUAAGAGGCUUUCCUUUAUACUGAAAAGACAGGUGUAGGUUAAGGGGUUAGUGUUUAAUUUUUGACUUUGAGUCAUUCAAGUCCCAAAUUGCAUUUUUAGAAAGUUAUGUUCCAUUAAGAAAAAUAUUUUUUCUUUUGAACACUUAGUGUCCUCAUCAAACUAUGGAGCUCAUUUACUCUAGCAGGAUACAAGCAGCAAAAACUUGGUGCCUGUGAGCCCAUCUCUUACCAUAAAAGUCAACAUUGCUGUUUAGCUUGACUAUUUUCCUCAAGAGCACCAGUCUGAAAGAUUCAUAAAAACACCUAAGGAAAAAAACUAUUUAUAAAAUGAGCAAAACAACUAGGACCAAAUUAUUGAUAAACUAGUUUCACAGCCUCUGUGGCUAAGUAGUUCUUUUGAUCAAGGGGGUGACACCCAAGGUAGACCGCAGCCUGGGCCUGGUGAGUGCCUUCUGAAGACUGGUAGCAGCAGCCUGUGUAGCCUUCUUUCCUAUAAAAGCAAUUCACCUUAACAGUGAGCCAUUCACGGUAGGGAAGGGACUGACACCUUGUUUGGGGGGAAUCCACGCACUUCCCUUGUUUCUGGUUUACAGAGGCAGUCACAAGGCCAUAUAGUGAGUAUUAUAUAAAAGCCAUUAAACCUGAAUGCCCUUGGAUAAGAUUUUUUAAAAAAGAAAAUUUAUAUACAUUCACAGUUUAAAAUUUUUAUUAAAGCAAUC